AUGGUUGCUGCAAUCAGCGGUUUCAAACUCACUGAAAUUAGCCCUGGCUUUGGUGCUGAAAUAUGUGGUUUCAAUGCUGCGGACGAUAUGACGGAGGAGAAUUUUCGCCGUCUACAUGAAAUCAUUACUACGUAUGGGGUUGUAAUUAUACGCGAAUCCCAAUUAACGGACGAAACUCACAUCAAGCUGGCUCGUAUGUUUGGAGAGCUAGAUGACGUCAAACCAUAUGUCGCUGCUGGACGGAAGAAUCGACUCAAAUAUGACGAACUCUUUGAUGUUAGCAACAUCGAACUAGACGGUACUAUCGUUGACCCGAGCAGUCCUCGCGGGCAGGCAAAUAAGGGGAAUGGCCUAUUUCACGUCGACUCUAGCUUCAAUCCUCGCCGGGCUGGAUAUUCUCUCUUGCUUGCUCACGAACUACCGCCUGCGGGCACAGGCGGUAAAACAGCAUUUGCAGAUACAAGGACUGCAUUCGACGAACUGGAUAACGACAUAAAACAAGACCUCUUGGCAAACGAUUAUGUUGCGGCGCAUUCUAUUCUACACUCCAAGAAACUUGCUGCUCCUGAUUAUUUUGCAAAUGUUGAUCCUACUCAACAUCCAAUGGGCCGGCACAAGAUGGUUCAACGACACGAGAGAUCCGGCCGAAUGAAUCUCUACAUCGCAGCGCACAUACACCACAUUGAAAACGUCAGCGAAGAAGCAUCAAAGACUCUCUUUGACAAAGUUUUCAGUCAUGCAACACAACCGAAAUACGUCAUCGAGGUUGAAUGGAAGCAGCCUGGAGACUUGGUUAUUUGGGAUAAUACUUGCACAAUGCACCGUGUAGUAACCGGACCAUUUAGUACCAAGUAUAAGAGAGACAUGCGGCGCGCAACUGUCCAUGACUCUAGUAGUACCGCGUGGGGACUAAAUGAGCAUUCAGAUGUGCGACAAGGUUUGCCAUAA